GGUAUAAAAAGAGCCGGCAGACAAAUGUUAAACAACUCCCAUCCGGAUUUCAGAAAUCGAAGCAUCAAGCGCGGUUCUGAAGAUGAUGAAAGUUGCGAUCCUGUUUGCCCUCGUGGCUGCCGCUGUUGCGGAGCCCGUGUCCCGCCUGAACGAGCUGAGCCCCACCGGGCGUAUCGUCGGUGGUGUCGCUACCUCCAUCGAUGAAGUACCCUACCAGGUAUCUCUCCAGGUCUUCGGCUCCCACAUCUGUGGUGGUGCCCUCAUCUCCGACACCUGGGUCUUGACCGCUGCUCACUGCAUGGUCUACCCCACUUCCUGGUUCACCAUCCGCUCUGGAUCCACCCUUUCCAACAGCGGCGGUAGCACGACCUCGUUCGCCUCCGUCAUCAACCACGCCAGCUACAGCUCGAACAGAUGGGGAAUCCCAAUCAACGACAUUGCUCUCAUCCGUCUGAGCAGCGCCGUCUCCCUGGGAUCCACCCGUGCCGCCAUUUCUCUGUACAACGCCAACGAGGAAGCCGUUGUCGGUGCUUCCGCCGUCAUCACCGGAUGGGGUGCCCUCACCGAGGGAGGCAGUUCUCCAGUCGUCCUCCAGACCGUCACCGUCCCAAUUGUCUCCAAGUCUGACUGCAGCUCCGCCUACAGCAUCUGGGGAGGACUUCCCGACGGCCAGAUCUGUGCCGCUGUUCCUGAGGGAGGCAUGGACGCCUGCCAAGGCGACUCUGGUGGUCCCCUCGCCAUCAGCGGACGUCUCGCUGGUGUCGUUUCCUGGGGUAACGGAUGUGCCCGCGCUGGAUGGCCCGGUGUAUACACCGAGGUCGCUUCCUACCGCAGCUGGAUCUCCACCAACUCUGGAAUCUAAGAAGCACUCGCUUAACUGGACUUCUCUACCCUCUAAUCAACUGUGAGGCUCUACGUCAUUCCUGAACUUGUAAUAUCAACGAAAAUAAAGCAAUUCAAAUGAAAAUUU